AAGAAAAUUCUUAGAAAGCACUAAACACGCAAUUUGCACAAAAAGUAGAAAAGCCUUAACGCGUUCCCGGGGAGAAAAUCUUCCACCGGAGGAAGGAAUACAAGGAUUCGGUUCAUCGCCAGAGUCUAAUAGCGAAGAAUAAAGAAUUCCUAGCAGUUGCAGGGGCAAUCAGUCGCCAUGGGAAACACAGAGAAGCUUAUGAACCAGAUCAUGGAGCUUAAAUUCACAUCCAAGAGUCUGCAACGCCAAGCCCGCAAGUGCGAGAAGGACGAGAAGACCGAGAAGCUCAAAGUCAAGAAGGCGAUCGAGAAGGGAAACAUGGACGGGGCUCGAAUCUACGCCGAAAAUGCGAUCCGCAAGCGUAACGAACAGAUGAAUUACCUCCGGCUAGCGUCUCGCCUCGAUGCCGUCGUUGCUCGGCUUGACACACAAGCAAAGAUGACUACUAUCAGCAAGUCGAUGUCAUCGAUCGUGAAAGCCCUCGAUUCGUCUCUCGCGACUGGGAAUUUGCAGAAGAUGUCGGAGACGAUGGAUCAGUUCGAAAAGCAGUUUGUCAACAUGGAGGUUCAGGCAGAAUUUAUGGAGAGUUCCAUGGCUGGAAGCACGUCUCUAUCAACUCCGGAGGGGGAGGUCAAUAGCUUGAUGCAGCAGGUGGCGGACGAUUAUGGCUUGGAGGUUUCGGUUGGGCUUCCUCAGCCGGCGGCUCACCCUCUUCCGACCAAGGCAUCGGAGAAGGUGGACGAGGACGAUCUGUCAAGGCGCCUUGCCGAGCUCAAGGCCAGAGGAUAAGAGAAUUGUGCCAUCUGGGUUACCCAAGUUUAGCAACUAUACAACACAAUACUGCGACAGAAAUGAUUUUAGAACACAUUGAUGGAGGAUAUGAUCAUAAGUAUUGCGGAAUGUUUUAAGUAAGAUUCAGCACCGACUCAGGUAUAGAGAGUCUUGGGCCAUUAUGAUGAUCAUAUAUUCUCUACUCUGACUGAAGAUCAAUUAAUCUACGCUUAUGACUUUAUGAGACAAUUAAAUUCUUAGUAGUGGGUGUGCAGUAUUGUCAUGCGAACAGAAUUUGACAGGAAUGAGGUUAUAAUCUAUUGGCUCUUGAAA